UCAAAAAUGGGGAAGGUAAAAUGAAGCAUUCUGAUAAAGAUAGAUAUUUACAUAGAUGUUUUGCUAUCAGCAGCUACAGCCCCAAUUACAUGGGGUACCAGUAAGUGCUGACCAGGGGAGAGUACCCCGACUAUCAGCGCUGGAUGGGGUACAAUGUCCAAUUACCAGAAAUGUUUAUGGGAACACCUAUAAAAUCAGGGUAUAUGAGAGACCCGAGUUUGAAGGCCAGAGGGAGGAGCUUGCCGAGGACUGCUCCUCUGUUUUUGAUACCUUCCAGUUCCAGGAGAUCAGCUCCUGCAUUGUGAUGGACAGCGCCUGGGUGUUCUACGAGCAGCCCAACUAUAAGGGGCGCCACUACUUCCUGGAGCGAGGGGAAUACCUCCGCCACAGCGACUGGGGGGCAACCUCCCCCACCGUCGGAUCCUUCCGCAGGAUCACAGAGUUCUAGACUGACACUCGUCCCAAUGCCUGGCAUGCAAUAAAGUGAUUUAA